AUGGGAAAAGGUAAUAACAGAUCACACGACACCAUACCUAAGUCGGAUCCACGGAUGGAGCCCGCGGAUGCAGAUGUCCCCACCGCUGAGGAUUUACGAGUCCAGAUUGGAGAGACUUUGCUUUGGGUUCAGGACUCUGUGGUUCAGCUCUACGUGAGGAUGAAGCUAAGAGCGGUUCAAAGUGCUGUUCUACUGUGCGUCCUGCUGCUGCUGCUAUGGGUGGCUACUUUUCUUUACGGUAGCUUCUACUACUCUUUCAUGCCCACUCCAAGCUUCAGCACGCCUGUGCCUUUCUACCUCAGGACAGACUGCGGACACCAAGUACACUCCAUAUGCCCUUUCCCUGUAGCUAAUGUCUCUCUGCUGAAGGAUGGCAAAAGACAGGUGAUGACAUAUGGCCAGCCCUAUAGAAUCUCUCUUGCAAUGGAAAUGCCUGAGUCUCCAACCAAUCAGGAGUUAGGAAUGUUCUUGGUCAAAAUGUCCAUUUAUACUCAUGAAGGAGUGAUCAUUGAUAGUGCUGCACGAUCUACAAUGUUGCACUACCGCUCCAGCCUGCUACAGACUCUGGGCACGCUGCUGUUCUCUCCUCUCCUUCUGUCUGGAGCCUCUGAACAGAAGCAGAUGGUCUAUGUGGAGCUCUACCCUGCCUACAGGGACAAUUCAUAUAACCCAACUGUAGGUGCAGUGAUAGAGGUCCAUUCUCAGCAUGUUCAGAUUUAUAGAGCAGAGCUAUACAUCCAUGCCCACUUCACUGGUAUCAGGUAUUUCCUGUACAACUUCCCCUUAAUGUCAGCAGCGGUAGGGGUGAUGAGUAACUUUACCUUCCUCAGUGUACUCAUCCUUCUCAGUUACCUCCAGGUUACAUGGGGAAGACUCUGGCCAAGUUCUAGGGUAAGAGGUCAGACCCAGCAUAGUCCAAAGGGAGAGGAAUCUUCAGCAGAAGUAUUGGAUCAAUCUGAGAAUCAUACACACUCACAAGGCAACAACACAGUGACCACAGAAACACACUUGGAUUCUCCUAUUCUAAUGGACAACAAUGACGUCAGUAAUUCCAAUUUUGGUGAAAUGGAAGAUUCCAUUCCUGGUGACACAGGGGAGGAAGAAAGGGAGAUGGAGGAGUCCAGUAACCACUCAUGCCAGGAGACCAUCUCUGAAGCAGGAGUGGAAGACAUAGCCUUGAAGCACAUACCCAAUACCCUGUUUAUGCCAGAUUCACCAAAGGCACAUGAUGAGCAAACAUCAACCUGUUUAACCUCCUAG